GCUGAUGUUUGUCCGCAGAUGCAUGACCCUGAGGAGGAUCCUGACCGCUCCUGGUGCCGUUCCCCUCCAAGACCUCCAGCUGGCCCUUCAGUGGCAGUACGAGUACCUGAAGGGCCACCGCUCGACCUCUGACCUCUCCACUGCUGACCCUCCAGGCUCGGUGCAGUGCGGGAGCAUCAGUGAUCUCUCCAAGUGGCCCGCGGUCUCCUCCACACGAGCUGCGCCUAAACCUCCAUCUCUCAGCUCCUUUGACUCUGGCUUUGAUGGAGCGGGCAGCAGUCUCCUGGACCUCAGGGGCCGGAGAGACACGCCGGGUAUUCUAGUUAAUGGAGAUCCUGUCUUUAAGCCGAGCCCCCUUCACGCGCAGAUUCAUGAAGAGAUCAUAGUGAGUGUGUCCGACUCUGAGGACCAGCAGGAGGAGCUGACGGGGUUCGGGCUGAAGCGGGACGCUGCUCAUGCCAGCAUUCAGAUUGUCCCCAAAAUCAGUUCUGACUCUGUGAACCUGGAAAUCAAGGUGAAGCGCUCUGCAACGCUGCCCACCAACCCCUGGCUGAGCCUCCCCAUAGAGGAGCUGGAGAGCUGCUACACCGUCAGCAUCACGCCCCGCUGCUCCUCGAACCCACGCAGCCCCAAUCUGUCCGAGCGAUCGCGGGACCGGCCCACACAGACCCACUGCACACACGAGGACCAGAGCCUGCAGGAGUCCGGCCUGAGUGCUGAGGGGGUCAUCCUGUCCAGCACACUGACCGACGCUGAAGAGCGACCGGUGGAUGGAGACCCAUCUCUCCAGUGGGACACCUUCGACCUGCACAACCUCAGACCAGACUCAGUGGAGCGGCUGGACAUGUCUGUUGCAGACUGGCUUCAGAGAGAGCAGGAGCAGCUGGAGGAGGUGCAGGAGACUCUGGAGCGAGCCGCUGGGAUUAUACAGGAGGAAGAGGAAGUGCUGGCACAGGAAGUGGCUCUGGAUGAUCUGAUCUCUGAGGAUCUGCACGGACACUGGCCACCUGUGUGGACUGAAGGACAACAGUGCAGUAAGAUGUCAUCGAGGGAACUGUCUGAGGCUGGUGUGAUCGGACUGGACAAUGAUGAGCUUGAACAUGAGCUUCCUCUGGAUUCUGAGUCUCUGAGCACUGCUGAUGCUGGAGAAGGAGACUGUGAUGCUGCGUGUUUGUCGAGUAGAGGAUUGUUUAUAUGUGGCAGACCUGCGCAGCUGGAAGCUGAUCCUCAUGUGGACAGAAGUGGGAUCCUUCGAGAGCUUGGAGAUCUUCAGCUUUUGGAGGAACAGAUCCUGGAGGAGUGUGUGAAGCUGGAGGAGCUGCGGCGGCACACCCAAACUGAAGACCAAACCCUGGACGUGCUGCAGUCAUGCCCCAAAGCUGAAGACCAGACCCCGGACGAGAUCCAGCAGUGCACAGAGACUGAAGACCAGACCGUGGAAGUGUUGCAGUCAUGCCCCAAAGCUGAAGACCAGACCCUGAUGGAGAUGCAGUCAUACACCGAAACUGAAAACCAGACCCUAGAUGAGAUUCGGCAGUGCACUGAGACUGAAGACCAGACCCUGGAGGAGCGGUGGCAGUGGACUGAGAAUGAAAACGAGAGACUAGAGGAGAUAAGGCAGUGCAGCGAGACCAAAGACCCGACCCUGGAAGUGCUGCGGCGAUGCACUGAAACUGAAGACCAGACCCUGGAGAAGAUGCAGCAGUGCACCAAGACCGAAGACAAGCGGCUGGAGGAGAUACAGUGCAAUGAGAUUGAAGACCAGACACUGGAGGAGAUUACAGAAGUGGGAAAGAAGAGCUCAGAGGUGGAGAAGAGCAGAUCAGGCAGAGUCAUCAGAUGUUCAGCGAUGAAGAAUAGUUCACAGUGGAGAGAUGAGGAGAUGCUGAGGAGACUCCAGAGUCCUGAACCUGCUGACCCCACAGACCUAGAGCUGCCCGACUCUUCUGAUGGAUUACCUGAAGAUGAGUGCAGUGGAGAUCCAGAAGCAGCAGGUCUCUCAGGCUCCAGUCUGGGCUCUGAGAUGUGGAGCGAAGUCCUUCCUCAUGGAGAGCCCCUCAGCAGCUCAUCUGCCUCUCCAUUUGCAGUGUCUCCAUAUCUGCCCGACACCAGCACCUCAGUGCUCAUCCGUCCUGAAGCAGCACAUCCUCUGGUGGGUAAGUCCUCCACCUGGGAGCCUACAGAUACUGCUGUGGAUCUGGAGGAGCUGCAGGUCUGUGGUGUUCCCUCGGCCCUGGAGAGCAGUGAUGUGCGCAGUGAGUUUGAUCCCGGAGGCGUCCCGAUUGCUGCUGCUCCACAGAGGACUGUUCCUCUCACUGGUCCACAUGACCCUUCUUCAGCAGAGUUGGCAUCUGAACAAACACACACUGGAGACCUGGAGGAGUCCUCCUCUACCUCAGAGCACACUGAAGAUGAUGAAGAUUAUGAAGGUGAUGAAGGUGAAGAACACACACAGAGCCGACCAGCAAGCCUACACAUGCAGAACAACAACAACAACACGGCAGUGGUGCAGCGCUCCGAGCAGAGCCAGGAGAUGCAGACGCUGAGCUCCACUGCAGACGCUGGAGGCUUCAUGAGGACCUGCACAUCUACAGUUCAGCAGAUCAGCACAGCCACAACACAGAUGACUGAUUAUAAGACUCCGAUCGUUCUGGACUCAGGAUCUGGCUUGAUGAAGGCCGGCUUUGCGGAUCAGGACCUUCCAGCUGCGGUGUUCCCUACAGUCAUCGGCCGUCCCAAAUAUGAGGAGGUGAUGAACUCGUGUGUGGACCGAGAGCUGUAUGUGGGCCAUGAUGCGCAGCACAUGCGUGGCGUCCUGACCCUCAGGUAUCCCAUCAGGCACGGCGUGGUCAGCAACUGGGAUGAGAUGGAGAUGCUCUGGACUCAUGCGUUCCAGCUGCUGUCUGCGGCCCCCGAGGACCACCCGGUUCUGCUGACGGAAGCGGCUCUGAACCCCCUGCAGAACCGCCAGCGCAUGGUGGAGCUCAUGUUCGAGGCCUUCAGUGUCCCGCUCACCUUUGUGGCGGUUCAGGCUGUGCUGGCGCUCUACGCCUCUGGACGCACCACCGGGGUGGUGCUGGACUCGGGUGAUGGAGUCAGUCACAGUGUUCCAGUGUUUGAGGGUUACUGUCUGCCUCACGCCGUUCAGCGCCUCGACCUCGCCGGAGCAGACGUCACACUGCAACUGCAGAAGCUGCUGCUGGAGAGCGGUGUGUGUUUGCGCACCUCUGCAGAGCUGGAGAUCGUGCGGGAGAUGAAGGAGAGAUGCUGCUUUGUGUCUGUGGAUUAUGAAGCGGAGAUGAAGAGCUCAGAGUCAGAGAUCCAGUACACACUCCCUGACGGACACACCGUCCCUCUGGCCAGCCAACGCUUCCGGGCUCCAGAAAUCCUCUUCAGGCCGGAGCUCAUCGGUCGGGAUCAUUAUGGUCUGCAUGAGAGCGUCUUCAGAUCCAUCCUGCAGUCGGACCUGGACCUGCGCCGCAGCUUUGUGGGAAACAUCCUGCUGUCAGGUGGGAACACGCUGUUGUCGGGUCUGGCGGAGCGGCUGCAGCUGGAGGUCCGGGCGAUGGUUCCUCUGGAUCUGAGCGCGUGUGUGCGGGUCUCCAGUCCGCCGGACAGAGAUUUCUCAGUGUGGAGCGGCGGAGCGGCGCUGGCCAGCCUGCCCGAGCAGCAGAGCGCCUGGAUCAGCGCCGCCGAGUACGAGGAGUUCGGGCCGCAGAUCGUCUUCAGGAAGUGCUUCUGAGCGCCGCGGGCCUUUUAACACUCUUAACUCUUUUAUUAUGGGCUGCCUUCUGACGGACCCUUUUAGCUGGACAUGAGACGCGCUGCACUCCGACUCUGGUUGCAUCAAUCAGAGCGUCUGCGUCUCCAACAACUCUAAUCUAAUCUAAUGAUCAACUGGAGAUUAUAUAUUAUAUAUAUAUAUAUAUGUGUGUGUGUGUGUGUGUGUCUGUGUGUGUGUGUGUGUGUCUGUCUGUGGAACAUAACUAUGAGAUAUGAAUGUGGCCUUCACAGCGCUGAUGCUUUCAUGAGGCCCACUCCUGUGUGUGUGUGUGUGUGUGUGUGUGUGUGUGUGUGUGUGUGUGUGUGUGUUGGAUCUGUUCCUCCCUCAUGAGUGUGUUUAGAGACGUGUGUCAGAUCUGUUCCUCCAUUGCGCGUGUGCUUCCUCCUCUCCUCCUCUUCACCUUGGUGUGUGUGUGUGUGUGUUUUGUGUGUAUCUCACGUGCCUCUGUCUGCUUCACGGUCUUCACUCAGGUUGUGGUGUGUGUGUGUGUGUGUGUGUUUUUUGGAGGAGGUUGUGAGCUGCGUGUGGAUGUGGAUCUGUCAGCUCUCUCUCGCUCUGGUUUAAGGGUUCAUGAGCUGAUCGAAUCCCCCUUAGCUUGAGUGUGUGUGUGUGUGUGUGUGUGUUUGUUUGUGUGUGUGUUUGUUUGCCUGGAGUGCACUGUGAUGUGUCGCAUGUUUAGCAUCAGCAUCUGUUAACUGGCUAAUGUCUGGACUUUUUUUAUAAUAAAUAUUUCUUUUAAACGUUG